AUGGCGACAAUCGAUAAGUCUUGGACCAAAAUAAGAAAUCAUGGUUGCCAUGAAUUUUGGAAUGGUCUACAAGCCUUUUUAGCAAUGGCAUCAGAACAUAAGGAUUGUGAUGGAAGAAUUCGAUGUCCUUGUGUGAGAUGUAUAAAUAGUAGGUUUGAAAAAAUAGAUAGGGUUAGAGCACACGUAUUUGAUCGAGGUUUCAUGCAAGGAUAUGAGAAGUGGAUUUAUCAAGGCGAGCCUGAGGAUGUUGUCGAUGAUGUAGCAGUUGCCGAUGUUGAAUCAGAGGAUGAAAUGAUUCCUAUUCUAGAAGACUUCUUUCCCCCAACAACAGAGGAUGUAGAAGAAGAAGAUGAACAACCAACCACAAACCCUCAUUUUGAUGACUUAUUUGAGGAAAUUGAAGCUGAAUUGUAUCCCGGUUGUGAUUGGAUUUCGUCUCUCAACUUUUUAGCAAAGCUAUUGCAUCUAAAAGUUAGAGGAAAAAUUCCUAAUAACAUCUUUGAAGAAUUGUUGAAGCUUUUAAAGUUUGCAUUUCCGAAGGAAAAUAAUAUUCCAGCAACUUACUACGAGGCAAAAAAGAGAUUGAAGAAAUUAGGCUUGGGUUAUGACUCUAUCCAUGUCUGUUUGUAUAAUUGUUGCCUAUUUUAUAAGGAGAAUGCAUCCAAGGAGGCUUGUCCAGUUUGCGGAACUAGUCGUUGGGUUACUUCCGAGAACGGCAAAGCAAAAAAAGUUCCUUGCAAAGUCAUGCGAUACUUUCCGUUGACACCUCGACUUAAAAGAUUAUAUAGUUCGAGGAUUACAGCGAAGAGCAUGAUAUGGCAUCAUACUGGAAAAUCAAAAGAUGAUGGGGUGUUGCGACACCCGGUUGAUGGUUUAGCUUGGAAAGACUUUGAUGCGAAACAUCCCGAGUUUGCAAGGGACCAAAGAAAUGUUCGACUUGGGUUAGCUGCUGAUGGGUUUAAUCCAUUUGGCAACAUGAGUCUUGCAUACAGCAUGUGGCCAGUGGUGUUGGCUAACUAUAAUCUACCACCUUGGUUAUGUAUGAAAGAUAAUUAUUUUUUGCUAUCUACCCUAAUUCUUGGUGCAAAAUCUCCUAGCAAAGACAUGGAUAUAUUUUUAAGACCUUUGGUGGAUGAAUUAAAGGAGUUGUGGAAUAAUGGGGUACCAACGAGAGAUAGUUCGACCAACUCGAUGUUCACCAUGCGUGCUGCGCUUUUGUGGACAGUGAAUGAUUUUCCUGCUCGUAGUAGCUUGUCUGGGUGGAGUGGUCAAGGUUAUAAAGCUUGCCCUACUUGUAAUGAAGACACAACGUCCAUUCGAGUGAUCGGGAAGACAUCAUAUGUUGGUCAUAGAAGGUUCUUGCCAAGUAACCAUGCAAUGAGAAGGGAUACUCGAUUUGAUGGUAAAGUUGAAAGAAGACCUCUUCCAAGACGAUUUACUUGUGAAGAGAUAUUAUCACAAGUUAAUAAUCUCGAACCCCAAAUUCCUGGACAUCAUGAAAAUUUUGGGGGCGUGAAACGUAGAAGAGUUGCAGAAACUUGUAAUUGGAGGAAAAAAAAGUAUUUUCUACGAGUUGGAGUAUUGGAGCACGAAUAUUUUAAAACACAACAUUGA